UUUUGAAGACAGAGUCUCCUUGUAUUUUUUGAGCAAAGAAGUAAUAAGCAAUCUUACAAUUGGGGCUAUGACGUCUUUGCGCUUAUUGGGUCAACAUCUUGGUUCUCAGCAUUGAAAUAAUUUGAGGACUUGACUGACCGCCUUUUUGGUAACAAUGCUUCGAGUUGGCAGAGCAUUAUUCCUAUUGCAUAGACAGAUGCAUACCCUAUCCCGUGAUGGUCCUAGUGAAACCCUAAAGAGGAAGGUUGCUGAGUUGGAGAAGAUGAGGAAAAGGAAGAACCCUAAGAAAAAUCAGUUAUUUGUAGAAGUUCCGGAGCCAAGAACAUUCCUUGACACAGCGACUAUGCCGAUGAUUCUCACUGCUGUCGGAGUUGCUCUCUUUGCGAAGCUCCUGAUGAUGUAUGAUGAAUCCAAAUCCCAAGAGAUGAUUGAGCGCAAAAUAGAGCAUGCUCCUGCUGGUCAAGGCACAGUUAGGAUGCUUACUCGUGAGGAGUGGGAGGAAAUUAAAGAAGUGAGGCCAAGGACUCCGUUUGAAUCAAAGCUCGCCCGUCCAAAUGCACGAAUAAGAACUGGAGAACCAUUACACAAGGAUGAUUUGAAGGAUUGGACUAUUGAUGUGCUCACAGAUGCACUAACACGUGCCGAAGAAACUGUCAGACACAGGCCCAAAUGAAUUAGUUGAAAAAUAGGUAUAUUUACUUGUUUUAUUAUUGAACGUGAUUGCUUGGUAGGCAUUGAAAAUCUUCAAAGGAGUUGAUGUUUGAUGUUCAUCUUCCUGCUGUGAAUGGCAAAACAAAUGCAACUGCAAUGCUAUGUAGCCUUCAUUUAUAAACCAUUGCAGCUGCCAAGUUUUGCAGUGUCACCUUCUUACAGCCGGGUGCAAGUCGUAUUUUUUUUUUUUUUUCCGUUGGCUUACCCUCGUGUUCCAGACUCGCCUAAUAAUUUGUCGUGUCCGAGAA